AUAUCCACUAUUCAGUAUCAUUCUGUUUUGAGGUCUUUUAUUGAUCUUUUGACAUUACAAAGCUCCUUUCUCCUAUGGUGUUCCCAGCUGACGUUAUUUUGUCAUCUCCAAAACCACCUUUUAUAAGACAGAAAGAACGGCUAACUAGAGACACCAACAAAAUCACUGGGGUUUUCUUUUCAAAGACCCUGCGGAUCGUCAUGGCAAGAAGGCAGACAACAUUACAACUGCUGUAAUUGGCAAGGUGUGUUCCAGUGAAUCUUUCCAUGUCAUUUCAAUCGACCUUCGAAACAUAGCCAGUGAAAUGUAUAAAACUGAGUUCACCAAAACUUCGCCGCCAUAUACUGGUCUACGAGGUAAAAUCUCUCCUUCCAUUUUCAACAUUACCCAUCUCGAGUAUCUUGACCUUGCCUGGAACGAUUUUCAGGAGUCUGAUGAACUUACUCUUCAGUUAACUAAUUUAACAAAACUCAUUCAUCUUGAUCUCUCCAACUCAAGGAUUUCAGGCUCAAUUACAACACAGUUCACCAAUCUAUCUUCUUUGCAGUACCUUGAUUUAUCAUGCGAGUCAGACCCAUACGUCUGCUUAGAAUUGCCAUCUAUGAAAUGGGUGAGGCAGUUGGUAAAUUUAAAGGUAUUAAGUUUGAGUCAUGUUGAUCUUUCCGUGGCUACAUCUUCAGAAAAUAAUUUCGCUGAAGAUAUAUCACAUCUCGCCGAUCUUAGGGAUCUUGAUCUCACUUCUUGCAAUAUAUCAGGCUCAGUUUUCCCCAUCCAUAAGUUUCACAAUUUUUCUCGUCUAUCCUCACUCAAAAUGAGUCGAAAUCACGGCCUGAAUUCUGCAGUCCCUCAAUAUCUGACUAAUCUAACUUCACUAUCUAUUCUUGAGUUAUCUGGUUGUGAUUUAAGAGGUUCAUUUCCUCAGCUUUCUCAACUUAAGGAGCUCUAUAUGAGUUGGAACUAUGAUCUUCAUGUUGAUCUAACUAAAAUGUUUAAACAUUCAUGGCCUAAACUACAAACAUUUUCUAUAUCACAAACCAAAGUCACCGGAUCAUUUCGGAAUUUUGUGUCAAAUGCCCCAAGAUUGGUUAAUCUUAAUGCCCCAUAUUGUUAUAUUCAAGGUUCUAUCCCAAAAUCAAUUUGCAAGAUUUCUUCUCUUCAAAAAAUAAGUUUAAACCAUAACAAAUUUACAGGAAGUAUUCCAAGUUGCAUUACUGAUCUUGAGAACCUUAAUUUGUUUGAUGUUAGAAGUAACUCUAUAAAGGGCAAGGUUUCACUGAUCUCUUUGGUUAACAAACUAAACUUAACAUUCCUAGACCUGAGCUCAAAUAGGCUAACUGUUGUUAUAGACCGACACUUAGUUCCAUCAAAAUUUGAACUAGAGACGCUAAACUUGCGAUCAUGCAACUUGAAAGGAGUAAUUCCUCCUCUCAUUUGUAGUUUAACUCAUCUUAAGGAAUUGGAUUUGUCUAAUAAUAUGCUAACAGGACAUAUACCUUCUUGCAUCUUUGAAUUCAAAAAUGCCAACCGGUUUCAAUGGGCGAACGAUGGACUUUCGUGAAGCACAGCCUCUUCCACCCCCAUACAACUUUGCAAAAGAGAAUGUGUUGUUUUGUGGUGAUGUUGCGUUGGGGUAUAUAAUUGGCUUUUGGGGUCUGUUUUUUGUUCUGCUUAUAAAGAAAGAAAAAUGGUGGUUACGAUAUUGGAGAUUUGUUGAUACUGUUGCAACAAGAAUCGUUGGAUUUCGGCAUUGAUGCUGGUGAAAUAGAAUGUGGUUAGAUUUAGAUGUAUGUAUUUUUGUUUCGAUUUUAGAAACAAAAUGAAAACCUAGAAAAUUUGCAUAACUAGAAACUCUUUUAUCUGUUUCUUUAGUAGAUUGGGGUAUUGGAAUCUGGAGAUGUUAUUUCGACCUGCAGUUAUAUCAGGUCAUACCAGUACGUAAUAACUUUACGUAGUGGAAAUUUG